CACAAGUUAUGACCCUCCCGGUCUUUGCGACACGUUCUUACACUGUGGUACUAGAAGAUGCACACUGCAAUAUCACAAGUAUUGUAAUGUCUGAACUAUUUAAUAUUUAUGUUAAAUCUCUUUCUUCAAUUCCUUGCAGGGUAUAAUGCUUUGGAAUUUACAUUAUCAAUCUUUCUAAUGGAACAUGAAUAUAACAUCCAUCUCAGACUCAUUGUCGUUUCAUGAUGUAUUGCUUAACAAGAGUUCGGACGUUGUUCUCAUGAUAUCUGUGUAAGACGUCGAGAAGGGUAACUAUCAUUGUGGAAGACGUACAAGAGUUGGUGCGCAAAGGACAACUCUCUUCAUCUUCUUCUUCAAGCAGUGUUGUCAUUCCUGAGAGGUUUGUGAAAGGAGGCAUGGCGCCCGGUGCCGAUACGAGGCCAACAGUAGUCAUACCCGCCUUUUCUUCUUCUUCUUCUUCUUCUUCUUCAGAACAACAAGAAGAAGACACCAUCAGAAUCCCAGUCAUUGAUUUAAGCAAACUGUUGAUCACCUCAUCAGACGACGUCAACUCUCCCCUCUUCCUUGAUGAACUUUCCAACCUCUCUCAUGCUUGCCAGCAUUGGGGAUUCUUUCAAGUAGUGAACCAUGGGGUAGAGAAGAGGUUACUGGAGGAGAUGGAGAAGUUGGCCAUGGAUUUCUUCAUGCAGCCAUUGGAGGAGAAGAGGAAAUACGCGAUGGCCCCGGGAGGGAUACAGGGGUAUGGCCAGGCCUUCGUCUUCUCUCAAGACCAGAAACUGGACUGGUGCAACAUGUUUGCUCUUGGGGUUCAUCCCCAUUCCAUUAGGGUUCCCUCCCUCUGGCCCUCCAAUCCCCCUCACUUCGGGGAAACGGUGGAAACAUACACGAGAGAAAUGAAGGGAUUGUGCGAGAAGUUGAUGAAGUAUAUAGGAAUCACUUUGAACGGAAACGGCGACGUUUUCGACAGGGCAUUUGCGAAGGGGUGUGUGCAGGCCGUGAGGAUGAACUAUUACCCGCCAUGUCCCAGGCCUGAUCUCGUUUUGGGCCUUAGCCCACAUUCCGACGGGAGUGCCCUUACUGUGCUGCAACAGCCCAAUUUCGGCCCGCCGGGCCUUCAGAUACUCAAUGAUAAAAAUGAAUGGGUCCAAGUUCCCUCUCUUCCAAAUGCUCUCGUCAUCAACGUCGGUGACACCAUCGAGGUGCUGACUAAUGGAAAAUAUAAGAGCGUGGAGCAUAGAGCGGUGACGGACAAAGAGAGGGACAGGCUGUCGAUAGUCACAUUUUAUGCGCCAAGUUACGAAAUGGAAAUUGGGCCUUUGCCGGAAAUGGUGACCGAAGACAACCCGGCCCAAUUCAGGACCUACAACCAUGGCGAAUUCAGCAAACACUAUGUUACCAGCAAGCUUCAGGGCAAGAAAUCCCUUGAUUUCGCCAAGUUCAGCUUUUAGUACAUUAUAAUAUUAUAAAUAAUUAAUUACUUUAAUA